GUUCCAUGCAGGUGAUGAACAAGACCCGGCGCAUCAUGGAGCAGGGCGGGGCGCACUUCAUCAACGCCUUCGUGACCACGCCUAUGUGCUGCCCCUCGCGCUCCUCCAUCCUCACCGGCAAGUACGUCCAUAACCACAACACCUACACCAACAACGAGAACUGCUCCUCGCCCUCCUGGCAGGCGCAGCAUGAGAGCCGCACCUUCGCCGUGUACCUCAAUAGCACCGGCUACCGGACAGCCAGGGCCACUGCGGCCCAAAAAAGAGACCUGCCCAGAGGUGAGGUGUUUGUGGCAUAAUCAAAAUGGAAUGCAAGAUCAUGGGAACUCAGAGGGGGCAUGGAAAUCGUAUUCAUCAGACUGAAAGGAAGCUCACAUAUUCUGUGACAUUCUGAGGGCCAAGGGUGGGAGCUUAAGGCUAGUGUUCCAAAAUCUUAGAGACAACAUGAGAAAACAAACUAUCUGAAGAAUACACAUUCUCUAAAGUGGAUUUCCCAAACUUGUCCUUGAAUGUACGGAAGUCACCAAAAAGCUGUCUCCCUAAAGAAGUGCUUUUAUUCAACUAUGCUUCAUUAUUAUACCCUCAUGAAGACUGGGAGCAUAAUGUCAAGUGUAAAGAGCCAGACACAGAGAACAUUUAUAUGUUUGUAAAACUGGCACUGAGAAUUUUAUUCAUUAUGUUUAGAAUGCCACUCUGUACAAGGAAUCCCAUUCCAGCCUUACUUUCAGAACUCAGGAACCUGAAAACACCUGUUUAGUCUGAUGAACUGGUGUACUCCUGGUUAUUAAAUAAUA